UAAUAAACAGCCUGAAUAUGACAUCCUUAAUUGAACCAAAGAACAUCAAAUCAGUCAUCUUAAUUGUCAUCAUUGGCUGCCUUGGUGUAAAUGCCGUUUGCAAACCAGGUUGGAUAGAACACAGCUCAUCUUGCUACAAGUUCACAGAUAAUGGCACAAACUGGGAGAAUGCAAACACAUACUGCCAAGGGCUUGGUGGCAUGCUGUUGGUCAUUGAGUCAGAGGAAGAGAAUGAAUUCAUCGUUGAAGAAAUGAGAAAUUCAGGCAUGUCCAGCACCUGGCUUGGCUGUAAUGAUAUAAGCAUGGAGGGCGCAUGGGUGUGUUAUCCUGAAGGUACCAAGAGCAUGCAGUAUGAGAACUGGGCAGAAGGUCGACCAAAUGACUGGAAUGGCCAGGACUGUGCAGCAAUAUACAAGUAUCCUGAGAGGCAUGGCACCUGGGAUGACCGAUCUUGCAAUGAUUGGAAUGACAUGUACACCAUAUGUGAGACAAGCAGCAGAGUCUCUGCCAUGUCCUGCUACAUCCUGGGUCCUGAUGGCCGCAUUCAACCAUAAACCUGGACCAAGCAUGCAUCUACAUACAUCAAUCCCCUUCUGUAUCCAGACACUGACUCACAACUACGUACAGGUUCUGUUGGUUUUACAUCAAUUUCAACAGUUUACUUGGAAAUAUCUCUUCUCUCCUACACUUUACACAAUGGCCAUUCAAAUACAUUGCCCUGAAGAAACAAUGGAUGAUCCUUCAUACAUGUACUUCAUGCAGUACUACGUGUUGAUAUUAAUCAGCAUGGCAAGUGGAGUGACAAAAAAUGCCAGAAAGACUCGUACACCAUAUGUGAGACAAGCAGCAGAGUCUCUGCCAUGUCCUGCUACAUCCUGGGUCCUGAUGGCCGCAUUCAACCCUAAACCUGGACCAAGCAUGCAUCUGAACAUCACACAAAGAAGGAUGGUAAAAAGACAACUAAUCAACCAUGCUGGUUGUGCAGCAAUAUGUAGAGGUAUCAAUUGGUGUGGCAAGUAGAACGACAAACAUUGCAAGAAAGAAUCGUACACCAUAUCAGACGUGCAGCAGAGUCUCUGUCAUGUCCUGCUAUCGUACAUGUACAUUCUGGGUCCUGAUUGCCUCCUUCAACCCUAAACCGCACCCAAGCCUGCAUCUGAACAACAUGCAUUUUCACCAUAAACAUUUUAACAGACAUCUGCAUGAAGUACAAACGCUUCAUGUGAAUGGUGAGUCUGGAUUUUAAUCAGCAGGAAAAGGUGACUGCCAAGCUUCAUCUCUGUGAUUGCCAUAUUCAUAUACCUUGUCAUCUUUGUCAUUGUCACUAUCCGGCAUCUUUAAAUCACUUUACAACGUGGACUUAUAUGGCUGACAAUGUCUAACCCAUUACUUAAAUUUUGUAAAAUGGAGAAUUCAGCAAAUAUGCUAGAUUGUAAACUUUGCAUGCAGACUCUAUAGGACUGUGGCUUGUGAAUUGUGUACAUGUACAUCUUUCAGGCUGAGUGACUUUAGACAAGUUCUGUAUAAAGUGUCUCUACCGGCUGAUGUUUGAGUAAUAUUUGAAUAUAUGCGAUUUAAACUUAGAUUUCAGCAAAUAUCUAUUGGAUCAUGAAACUUGGAUGAGAAACUUUACGCAUAGGACUGUGGACUGUUAAACCGUCUUGUGGUGAAUUACUCAUGCCAUGAUACGUGACCUCUGACAAUUUUGCAAACUUUAGUCUGGAACUAGUUGGUGUUUGAGGUACUGUAUAUUUGAAAUUGUGAUGAGUUUCAACAUGUCAGUAGAUUAAAUGUGUAAUGAAGCAAGAUGAAAUUUAAAAGUAGCUGGUUUUUCAUAAAUCAGGCAAGCACUGUUUCACAUCUGCAGUGCAUGUCUUUAGCUCCAACAGGUGUUUCUGUAGCCACAAGAGCUUGCUUUAAAAAUAUAACAAGUUUUCAGCUUGUAAAUUGCUUGUAUUGUUAAGAGAAUGUGAAGAAGUUUGUUUGAAGUUUAUUUCAUACUUGUAUACAUGUAGCAGUGAUGCUGUAUGGUGUUAGUUAAUUUAAUGAACAAUAUACUACGUAUGUAUAACUCUGGUACCUGUUUUGAAAUGAACAAAAGUUAGUUAUGAAAAUGAGAGUUGUUGCAGGUAUUGUCUGCCAGUAAUAGUAUAAAGGUACCGCCAUCAGUGCACAGUGUGAUUUAUGUGAAUUAAAUCUCUUCUUUUUUUCCCGGUAUUUUACCAGAAUGCUGUAGAAUCAAACAGUAAUCAAACAAUCAAAAAUAGUAAACAUGAAAAU